AUGACACGCGAGGAAGAAGAUAGACUUGCCAAGCGACGAGCCAAGCGGAGCAGCAAUGACGAUUCAAGAAACCCGAGUUCAAGAAGCCCGAGAAGAAGCACUAAGAUUGCUGGUAGUGAUCGCCGAGAGACGACGAGACAUCAUGAUUCUCAAUCCAAGGCAAGAGCUCGAGGCGGUGAAGGUGGGGCAAGAAGCGUUCCUGGAGCCGUGGCGCAAAAGUCUAUCAGGGAAGAUCGUCACAAGCGUUCCGAUGACGACGCCAAGCAAAGAGUACGAAGCCGGGGACAACGAAGCGAUCAAGAAAAAAAGCCUGGGGCGGUCAGUACUACCGGUAGUUCAUCCAUCGAUUCGGAAUCUCGGGAAUCAAGGAAAAUGGCGCGGCAUAGUUCUCCAAAAGGAAGAGCAGGAGGAAGAGCAGGAGGAAGCUCACGGGGUCAUAUAUCACCUGCCAGCAAAGACGCUGACAGUGACAGCAAACGAAGAGCCAAGGCAGGAACUGGUGGAAGAUCUCCAGGCGCCUCCAGAUCCACGGAAAGUAUACGGAGAUUGCGAGAAAAGUUGAUGGAAGAUGAAGAACCACCGAACUUUACAAGCGCUAUAAAAGAAGAAAUCGGCGAUGACGAGAUUCAGCUUCAAGCCGUUGCUGUGGAAGAUGCAGAGAAUCAACAGAUCAAGGAACAACAGGCUCAAAUCGUAGCACUCAAGCGACAAAUGCAAAACAUGAUGCAACCAAAUCGUACUCCGGAAUCUAUCCACGAUGAUCAGAACGAUGUCAAUGAUGUCAAUGAUGCCAAUGAUAUCAAUGCUACCAAUGAUACCAAUGAUGUCAAUGUAGCCACUGAAGAGCCCACCAAGAACCGUUGGAAAAGCAUUGCUUGUGUCCUCGUCCUCCUGCUUGUCAUUGCUGGUGGAGUUGCUGGAUAUGUCGUUGGUACUGCCAAGUCUCCCGCAGAAAUGUCUCAAUCUAGCUCAGAGCCGACAGGUACAGAAUUCGAAAGUAUAUCGCCUUCCAUCAGUCCCACGGACCUUCCUAUUUACACGCCGCCGAGUAAAGAAGAUUGCGAUGCCAUUGCAUCUGGUUCGGCACUUUCAGACCAAGACAUCUUGGCCUCGAUUGCCUUUGUCAUUGAGCUUGACGUGACCUUGACCUUUCGAAUGGGCGAGGAAAGUUGGCUGGUCUCUCUCAAGGAACAACUUCAAUCGAUUUUCCUUCCCGCGGUGGCUGGUUGUUCGCCUGGUCAAUUGCAAUUGCUGCCAGACUUUUCAAUUGCAAAUGGAAAGAUUGGAGAUGCCAUUGUAACGGAAGACGAUUGUGAGGACACGGCGUCUGAGCUCUGUAUCAACGUGAUCGUCUUCAUGGACCUUUCCCUUCGCAAUGAUAAUGCGACGCUUUCCAUUGUUGAAGCAUUCUUUAAUGCUACCACUGUUGGUGCUUCGCCGAUAAACGUUUUGGGAAUGGAUUCUCUCUUGUCAAAUAUUGUGAUCAUUCGAGCUGCCCCUGUCGUGCCAACAGAUGCACCAAGCUUCAGUCCCAGCUCUGCGCCAACAGCUGCUUCUGCCCAACCAACUGACGGACCAAGCUUCAGUCCGAGUUCUGAUCCGACGACCGCGAAGCCAACGGUUGCACAAUCAGCAAUACCGUCCUCUGCUCCAGUUGUUAGUCCAACUUCCCUUGAACCGACAGAUUUUCCAACCAAGGAACCAACACAAUCACCUUCAACGAGUCCGACCGAACAGCCCAGUCUCGAACCUACUGUGUCAACACCAGCUCCCACUCUGUUUCCUUCUUCAAAUCCGUCGCUGGUUCCAACUAUUCAAGCAUCGGUUGCUCCCUCAACGUCUCCAACAGUGCAAGAUAGCCAGACUCCCACCAUUACGAUUGAAUCGUCAGUCAUCACGCCGUCGGCUGUAGCCCAACAGUCAUCCCAAUACAGAUGCCAAUCUGUCUUUUGUGCCAUCACUCCUCUAGGGGAGUUGCUCGCUAACAUGCCGGCUGGUAAAGCUUCGAGUGCCAUUGAUGGUACUACCGAUGGAUCCUACGUCACAGGGGCAACAAGCUCGCACACCUGGACACAAUGGAAUCCAUACUGGCAAGUACAAGGGAUUGCGGGUCCAGUCAGCAAAGUGCGCGUUUGGAACCGAAACACCAGCUGCUGUUUUGAUAAUUUGAUUGGUGCGAAUGUGGAUCUCUUGGACAGCAGUGGUGUGGUGCUAGCCACUCGCGACAUUCAAGGCGUUGCGGACUUUUACGAGUUGGAGUUUGGCAGCGUCAGCGGAGUAGCAACGGUCCGAGUCUCAAAAACUGCCAAAGCGAACAUCGUUCUCCCAGAAGUCGAAGUCCUUGGAAGUACUGGCCAAUCGUUACUCACUGCAUCCUCGGUCGCCUCGCAAUCAUCGGAUCUUUUCUGUCUGGCAUGUAGGAGAUACGCACCUGAUAGUCUUGGUCCUUUGGCAAGCCUGGCAAUUGACGGGAACACAAAUGGAACUAUGGAUGACCAAAGUGUGAUUCAUACCAUGCCUCAAGUUGAUCCAUGGUGGCAGGUUGAUCUCAUGUUAACUGCUACUGUGAGCAGUAUCGUCAUUUGGAACCGAACGGAUUGCUGCGGCUCACGGUUGAAUGGUGCCAAAAUUUAUCUGAAAGACGGUUCCGGCAAUAUUCUUCAUACCGAAACAGUUACCAGUGCUCGCGAGAAGAAUCUUUUUGCUUUUCCUCCUGUGGAAGGUGUUACUGCAAUUCGAGUUGCCUUGGAGAAUACAGCACCUACUCAAAUUAUUUUGAACUUUGCGGAAGUCGAGGCUUUUGGCUUUAUCCAAUGA